UCUUUUCCUGAACCAUGGCAAAUUCUAAUUUGUCGAAGUACGACUACUGCGGAGGAGAUUUCGCUUUUUAUAAAACGUUCAUUUAUUGCUGCGAAAAAUGGUUAUAAAGACUAUUUAUUUUGCAUUGCAAAUGUCGAAUUCUUAGAUUUCGAACUACAAUAUUAUCUAGUUAAAACAAUCCGCAUUUUUCAAAAAGAAGAAACAAAUUAUCUUUUAGCUUUGGUUUGUACUCGAGAAAAGGCCACGAAUCAUCACAUAUUAGAUCAAUUUUCUGAAAAUAUACAUCCCACUAAUGGUCUUGAUUUAGAGUCUAUGAAAAUUUUAUAUUCUAAAAUUUGUAGUAAUGCCAUGUGCGUGACUUCAAAUAUGUCUGGGCAGGGCAAAACAGAAUGGAUUAAAGAAAGCAGUUUUGAACUAGGAAAAGUUCCUCGUACUUUAUUAAUCAACGAUGAUGUUAAUUUUAGUACACUAGUUCGGAAGUUGGCUGAUUGUAAAUUGGGUGCCUUUGAAAGUUUACAUCUAGAUAUUACUCUUAUAACUUAUCCUCACGAAAUUGAUUUCUUUCUGUUUGAAUUAUUGACACUUGGCGUAGUUUCCAAUGAAUUAGAUAUAGUGCAUUUGUCUCAACCGUUAAUAUUUAUUGAAAUUGCGUCAACAAUUGAGCAAUAUUUAUUCGAUUCGCUUCCUUUAGUCAAAUACAUACGUAGACAACACAUUGAAUGGAAUUUAGAAAAUUUUAUAGUAUCUCGCCAUUUAAACAGUCCAAUUCAAGUUGUUUCACAUUAUAUGGAUGUACAUUCAAGUGGUGCUCUUGAUAACACAAACAUUCAUUUUAUAGGGAAUGAGGCAAUUAAAGAGCCAUUGCCGGCCGAACGUUGUCGAGAAUUAUUGAAGCAUUACUUUUUUAAUGACCAAUUAGAUAAUGUCUUUUCUUACCGAUUCUUGGAAAUUUUUGUUAAU